AUGUUGCGGGUAUUGGCGAUGAUGAGGCGGAAUAUGAAGAAGAGCACGAAAGUAGCCGAUGAGAGCAUGUUUGGAGAAGGGAAUGGAAUCGAGAUUCCGGUUAUAGCUCACCAUACAAGACAAGGGUGGAAUGGUCUUUCUCUUAUUUACAGCAUUGUAAGAGCACCACUCUCGCUUCUAUCAUGUCUAUCUUCUCACCCGCAUGGUGGUGCUGAUGGAAUCUGGGUUUCCGGGGAGUUUUCGCGGGUAUCAGAGAUUAAUCAUCUUAUGGUCAAUGACAGCAUGCGAUAUGCAAUCUUGAUGUGA